AUGACAUAUAUUCUGCUCUAUAUCGACGACAUCAUCUUAGCCACAUCUUCCGACACUCUUCGGAAAUCCUUCAUAUCUUUGCUCUUUUCUGAGUGCAAAAUGAAGGACUUGGGUCCUUUAAGCUAUUUCUUGGGCAUAGCUGUCACUCGUCACUCAGGCAUGGCUUCCUGCAAGCCUUCUUCCACUACAGUUGACACUAAGGCCAAACCCAGCGCCUCCACUGGUUCUCCUGCUGAUGAUCCCUCUCUUUAUCGCAGUCUUGCUGGUGCCUUAAAGUAUCUCACAUUCACGAGACCAGACAUCUCAUAUGCGGUUCAGCAAGUGUCUUUUCAUGCAUGA